AUGCACCAAGACGCACUAGCGCCAGUAACUACUCGCUUACUGGUGACCACAGACAGAGCGCAAAUUCGACCAGUUCCGACAUCAGCUCUUCGACAAUACCACAAAGCCAAAUCGACAACAACAACCGUCGCCAUGGCCAAAUCCAAGAACUCGUCCCAGCACAACCAGUCCAAGAAGAACCACCGAAACGGUAUCAAGAAGCCCAAGACCCACCGUUACCCCUCGCUCAAGGGAACCGACCCCAAGUUCAGGAGGAACCACAGGCAUGCUCUUCACGGCACCAUGCGCGCUUUGAAGGAGGUCAAGGAGGGCAAGCGCGACGCGGCAUAA